UGGCCUCAGGGUGCCGGAGAGGUUCCCCACGGCGCGUGCGCAGUGCGCGUCGUCGCGGUGCGGAGGGAGGCCAUGUCGGAGCGCGUGCUGUUCCGGCGCGGUGCCGGGCAGAGCGACGACUCGGACGUAUGGGACGACACGGCCCUCAUCAAGGCGUACGACAAGGCGGUGGCCUCCUUCAAGAACGCCCUGAAGAAUGGGGAGUGCUCCGAGCCCUCGGACAAGCAGGAGCAGCGCUUGGGGAUGAAGAGGAAGAACAACAAGAAGAACAGAAACAGAAAGAAGAGCAACGCGGCGCCGGUGAAACAGUGGAAAGUUGGUGACAGCUGUAAUGCUGUUUGGACUGAGGAUGGUAAUGUGUACCUAGCAACUAUUGUUUCCAUAAAUCAGAAGAGGGGCACGUGUGUUGUUACUUACGAUGGAUAUGGAAAUAAGGAGGAGCAGAACCUGUCUGAUCUACUUCCUCCAGCCAAUGAUGAAACAAAUGAAAACGAGACUCCAUAUUCAACAGAUGAAAGUGAAAAAUCUUUCCAGUCACCUCAAAACAAAAACAACUGUACAAAGGCAAGAUUCUCUCCCCAGAACUUCCGUUUUCCCAUACCACCAGCAGCCCCGGGCUUCGGAAGGUCUGGAUCAAAAUUAAGAACACCUCCACCGUUCUUAUCUUGCUGGCCUCCACCCUUUCCAGCAGGACCACCGCUGAUUCCUCCUCCACCACCUAUGGGGCCAGAUUCUCCUGAGGAUGAUGAAGCGUUGGGAAGCAUGUUGAUAGCCUGGUACAUGAGUGGUUAUCACACUGGCUAUUACCUGGGUUUAAAACAGAGUCGAAUGGAAGCAGCCCUGGAGAGAGAAUCCUAUCCAAAAUAACUAAAUAUCCAUCACUGUUUUGAAUGAUUCCAGGUACAAAUGUUUCUCACAGAGGUGUGUAUCACUUUGUGCAUUGGUUGAUGGUGAAGACCAGAAUUUUAUCAAGACAAUUAAUCUGAAUGGUUUCUUAAUAAUGAGCUGCCCCUGGUAACAAGUAGACAAAUUACUUGAAACUACUAGUUAUAUGUGCAUUGUCAUGAAGACACGCAGGCAAAUGCAUUUAGAAAGCAGUGCAGCAAUGAAGUGCUUUGGCUUUUUUUUUUUUUUACAUUCUUGAAACACAAUUUUAAGUCUAAUAAGAAUUGGGAAAAAAAAACACUUGAUAGAUUUAAUUUAUCCUUUAUUUUAAUGUGUCUUGUAUUCCUUUGACUUUUUACCUGACUGACAACACGUGAACUAGCAAUUACAGUAUUUUCUGUUUAUGGCAGCAAUUUAUGUUACAGUGGCCACUGGUGGCAAUGACCUGAAAAAUGAUAGACUGCCAUAUUUAAAAAGAUACCUUAUUUUACAGGUCUGAUUAGAAUCCCGAGUAUGGCAGCUGAAUUCAGAAAGGCUCGUUUUUUGUUUCACAUGCUUGUUAAUAAAGUUCUACUUUUCAAACUUUUAA